AUUGGUGUAUCUUUGUUGCUUUAGAGAGCAAUUGGUCGUAUUAUUAUCUACUUUGGAUUUUUCCCAUGAUAAUCUGCAGUCAAGUCUUGGCAAAAAUCAGCAGAACGAAGUAUGGAGUUAUUUGUGUCAUGAGAAGAUUCACACAUAAGUAAUCCAGCCGGGUGGGACAAGAGGAUAGAUAGAGUCACUCGAUGACAACGAUGUCUAUAUCGGCACAGCGUGGUCCGUAUUUCUCAUUCGCUGAUCUUGGGAGCAAUAUUCCUUAUCGACGACAAUCAGUGCUCGUAGUGACAUCCACAACAUUGGUCGUUGCUACAGUAUUCAUUACAGCGAGACUAGUAAGCCGACUUGUCAUUGUGAGGAAAAUAACUUGGGACGACUAUUUUAUUGUGUUUGGAUGGCUUCUUGCAUUUGGGCUAACUUUUUCCGUUUGCUACGGUACCUCAAAAGGACUGGGCUUACGCGAUGCCAAUAUCCCAGAGGAGUGGAUGUACCCACUCAGGAAGUGCGAGUAUGCUUUUGCAAUAAUCUACAAUCCUGCUUUGAUGGCCACGAAAUCUUCCAUCCUAAUUUUGUACCUUCGGCUUUCUCGUAAUGCCCACAAAUUGCUGCGUGUAGCAUCAUGGGUCACACUUGCUGUGGUCAACAUCGCAGGCCUCGUCUUAACAUUCUUCAACGUCUUCCAAUGCCUACCAGUAUCCCAAGUCUUCGCUCCGGUCGGAACAUGUAUACCCCUGAUCACGUUGUACUUGGCAUCAGUGCCAGUGAAUGUUAUCACAGACAUCGCCAUCCUCGUCUUGCCGAUACCAGUUUUAACAGCAAUGCAGCUGCCACGCAAGCAAAAAAUGAUCUUGAUUGCAACCUUCGGCCUGGGUAUCUAUGUUAUAGCCACCGACGUUGUCCGUAUUUACUAUCUUCAACAAUCUUCGGGUCCAUCCAGCCCUACAACUUCACCCCUCCUCGGUAAUGAGAUUGACUUCUCUUACCACGCUUCAAUAUCGUUCAUGUGGAGUGUCGUGGAAGUCAAUCUAGGCAUUGUGUGUGCUUGCAUACCGACAAUGAAGCCGUUAAUUAGCAGGAUCCUGCCAGCACUUAUCGACAACAGCCGAGGAAGUUCUUGCUUUGGAAGUUUGUACAAAAGCUCCAACCAAGGAACCACUGCGAUUUCAUCACCCACGCCUGGAAAUGCUACCGGAGUAGCCUCUCCAAUCGCUCCACCGCCGUCAGCUUUGAUUUCGGCUACCGACAGCCUUCUUGUCUCCCGUGAUCGAUUCUCGUCGAAUGCAACAGAUUGGACGUUGACCGGGGAUGGUGGCCUCGACCCAGAAAACCACAUACCAGACUCGCGACGAGCCCUCCCAAAUGCUGGACUGGGCCUACAGGAAUCAGUUGCUUCACCAAAUGCGGAGUCAGAGAGAAUCAAUAGGGCGUCAACAACACUGGGAAGGACAGAAGCCGAGGUUUUCUUCGGGUUCAUCCAUCUUAGAGCACCAAGAAGUAUGCUUCGAGCUAGCGUGAGAGAUUCGAUAAAGUACUGCACACUGAUAUCAGUACUGUUCUUCAUAUGCGGAUUCUCACACGGUCUUUGGAACAAUCUCAACAACCAAGUUUCUAAGAUCGCUUCGAACAGCGAGGCUCGCACGUUGGGCUUGUACACAGCUUACUUUGGAUCUUAUGCUUUUGGUCCCAUUACUGUUGGCAGAUAUGUCCUGACAAGAUCAACCUUCAAGGCAACCUUCAUCACCGGCUUGUGUAUCUAUGGAACCGGUGUUUUCAUUUACUGGCCAGCAGAAGUACUCCUUUCCUAUCCAGGCUUCCUGGUCGCCAACUUCUUUGUCGGUUUCGGAAUCUCUAUCAUCGAGACAGCUGCAAACCCUUUUUUCGUCCUCUGUGGCGCUGCGUAUUAUGGCGAAAUACGUCUCCUUCUUGGUCAAAGUGUCGAGGCAGUUGGCAAACUGGUUGGGAUGGUCGCAGCCGAGAAAGGCCUAUGGCAUGAUGUCACGGACGGAACUUCACUUCUCUCCAUUCAAUGGCUCUAUCUCGCCAUCGCCUUGUUGAACGUCGUUCUGGCUCUAGCUUUGUACUACUUACCGCUGCCAGAAGCUACUGAUGAUGACUUGCAACUGCAAACCCAACCUGGCCUCCCGCAACUCAACCAAAUUUUCGCCGCCCUCGCCCAGUCUGAACAGAGAUUCCGUAGCAUCAAUGUGAGAGUCAUCUUCGUAACACUCUGUCUGGCAUUCUUCGCUCAAUUCCUCUGUUGCGGGGUCUUCGAGUCAAAUAAUCUCUUCCUGAACGAAACCCUCAACACACCCGAACUCAGUAUGACUUCUUUCAACUAUGGUAUUAUAGCCAAUGCGUCCACAGCAGGGGGUCGAUUAGUCUUCGCAGCCACUUGCAUCUUCCUGCCACCGCGCCUCGUCCUCCUGAUUUCUUUCGCCGGCGCUCUCAUCUUGUCUAUCCUGGUUUUAUCAAUCACCAACGUUGACCCGGAUACCACAGGCUGCCUCAUUGUCGCGCAGUUCUUCUUCCAAGGUCCUCUAUGGCCGCUGAUUUUUGCCACGGGGCUGCGACGUAUGGGACGGCGAAUGAAGAUGUCUGCCAUUAUAUUGACUAGCGCUACAACUGGUGCCGGGUUUCUUCCAUGGAUAUCUUUCCUGAUAAUUCAUCACGACAAACGAACAGGGCAGUAUGCGUAUUGCAUAACUAUUGCCUUCUUGGGCCUGGGGAUGCUGUACCCCAUCUACCUCUCUGUGGUCCCCAAAGCAAGAGAGCAAGUUGAUCGAGGAGAAAAACCGCAGCCAAGGAAUACAUCCAGAAGCAGUGGCAGCAACCGAAGUCCAGAGGAUAAUGGGUUUCCUCGGUACCCUGGAACCCCGCCAGCCAUCGUCGUGAACGGGGUACCGCCGGCGGUGCUUAGGCAAAGAAGGAUGAGUAGGAGAUUUAGCAGUCUCUCUACUUUAAUGAAGCAUGCCGUCAAACGAAGGAAUCCCAGCGUCGCGGAUCCUGGCAUAGAGUUUGUUGACACUGGACGUGUGACGGAAAGACGUGUGAAUAGGGACUGAAUCACUUUUCCAGUCACGAGUCACGGGUCUUGGACCAGUGUCGUCUGUGUCCUUCAAGAAGAGUGCUGAACUUUCCAUCAGGAAACCGGAGGACAA